GGAGAGCCAACUGGCCAACGUCUGAGGAGCCAUGAAGUCGCUGGUGUUGAGCCUUGCAGUCUUGAUGUUCCUGGUCCAGUUGACCUCAGGUAACUGGUAUGUGAAGAAGUGUGCCAACAAGUCAGGACGCUGCAGGUCCGUGUGCCGAGCCACAGAGAAGAACCAGCCUUCAUUCCAGACGUGCAAAGGCAGAAAACGAUGCUGUGUUAGGAUAGAUGCUGACGCUCCUCUGACCUGUGACGAAACCAAGAAACCCUCAGAGGACACUUCAGAAUCUCAUGGGGAUGCAGACUCUUUUGAAGAGGAAGACAGUCAUGUUCCCGAGGGCACAGUCCCGGCUGAUGGGGAGACAACCACAAGUACUGGGGCAGCAUCUUCCUCUGCCGCCACCACAGCCACCGUAGCCACUACCACCACUGGCGGUUAG